AUCAAGGAAAUAAUAUGGAGAAGUUUCCAUUGAAAGGUACAUCAUCGCUGAGUAAUUUUAGUCAUAAUACCGCUGUUUCUUCUGCUGUUUUGGGUACGACCUACAACUCUGUUUCAGCUGCUCAGAAUUAAACUGUCUGAAGAAACUAUUUAUUUACCUAAACUACUAAGGACUGAGGUGUAUUUAAAUUAAGUUGGACUAUUAAAAAACAAAAAAAAAAUAAAAUACAAUUUUAUUUAAUGAUAUUAAUAAUAAUAAAAUAACACCACGUAUCUCGAAUUAAAAUUGACUAAAAACCGCUCGGGUGCUGGGGAUAUCAGCAGUCAGCGGUUGAUACCAGAAAUAUUUUUUUCAAACACUAGAUUAUUGUUUUCAUUGCUGAUAAAAUGUAUUGUUAUUAUUUCUUCAAUUUCUUUUUUUCUUAUCUUGAUAAUGACCCUCUGCACGCUUUCUCACCUACAAAAAUAUGUUUAUUUGAGAUUGGCUGGUUUGUUUUAAUUUACGUACUUGCAUGCUGUAAUUACGUACAAUUACAACGAAUGGUCUUGAUGGUAAUGGUGACGCUCGGCUGAGAAGCAGUGCUCUAAAUCGUGCUGGAAGCUUGAGCAGCGAAGACGAUAUGGGUGAUCAGAGUCAUCAAGCUAGUUCCAACACUGGGAACAAUGCUUACCUAGAACGUAGCUUACGUUUAGAUGAUGCCUCAUCUCAUUUUUCGGCAGAAGCAGAUGACAUCCCAGGAAUUGGCCAGUAUGAGGAUUUCCACACGAUCGAUUGGCAGCGAGAUAUCGCACGAGAUCGGAUGCGACAUCGGUACAUCGUGAAGAAAAAACACGAUUCUAUUUGGGACCUAGUUAAGGGAGCUCACGACGCAUGGUCUGGAUGGCUGUGUGUUCUUUUAGUCGGCUUAUUUACUGGAGUCGCUGCUGGUGUUGUUGAUAUUGGAGCAUCUUGGAUGACCGACCUUAAAUUCGGUAUAUGUCCUGGUGCUUUCUGGUUAAAUAAAGAACAAUGUUGCUGGAGUUACAGUGACUCGAUUUUCGAUGAUGGAAAUUGUUCCCAGUGGAUGGAGUGGGCUGAAAUUUUCGGCCAGUCAAAAGAAGGCGCAGGACAUUAUAUAGUUUCUUAUUUCUUUUAUAUAGCGUGGGCUUUACUAUUUGCAUCACUAUCUGCAUCUCUUGUCAGGAUGUUUGCUCCUUAUGCAUGUGGCUCUGGUAUUCCAGAGAUAAAAACAAUACUCAGUGGUUUUAUUAUUCGUGGAUACUUGGGUAAAUGGACGUUGAUAAUUAAGUCAGUUGGUCUAAUCCUCUCAGUAUCUGCUGGAUUGAGUUUGGGUAAAGAAGGCCCAAUGGUUCAUAUUGCCUGUUGUAUAGGAAAUAUAUUUUCUUACUUAUUUCCAAAGUACGGAAGAAAUGAGGCUAAAAAGAGGGAAAUUUUGUCAGCCGCUGCAGCUGCCGGUGUUUCUGUUGCUUUUGGAGCACCAAUUGGUGGUGUACUUUUCAGUCUUGAAGAAGUGAGUUAUUACUUUCCUUUGAAAACAUUAUGGCGAUCGUUCUUUUGUGCCUUGAUAGCAGCUUUCGUAUUACGUUCAAUUAAUCCAUUCGGCAACGAACACUCGGUAUUAUUUUACGUCGAGUACAAUAAACCCUGGAUAUUUUUUGAAUUAAUACCAUUUGUAAUGCUUGGAAUUAUUGGAGGAGUAAUUGCAGCAUUAUUCAUUAAAGCGAACUUAUUUUGGUGUCGCUAUCGAAAAACGUCAAAGCUUGGUCAAUAUCCAGUCACUGAAGUUUUAGUUGUUACUGUAAUAACAGCAGUGAUAGCAUUUCCAAACCCGUAUACAAAAAUGAGUACGAGUCAAUUGAUAUACUUACUAUUUAGAAAAUGUGGUGUAUCAAACAGUGACAUGCUGUGUGACUAUCAGCGAAAUUUCACGAAUUUCAAUUCAACAAUAGAAACUGCCGGAGCUGAACCAGGAGUUUACAAAGCCGUAUGGUUUUUAGUACUGACAUUAAUAAUGAAACUAGUCAUGACAGUAUUCACAUUCGGUAUUAAAGUACCAUGUGGAUUAUUCAUACCGUCAUUAUGUCUUGGAGCAAUUGUUGGACGAAUUGUUGGUAUUGGAAUGGAACAGCUCGCAUAUAAUUAUCCUCAUAUUUGGAUGUUUAGCGAAGAGUGUAGUAUCGGCACUGAUUGUAUAACACCUGGUUUAUAUGCUAUGGUUGGUGCAGCAGCUGUACUGGGAGGUGUUACACGUAUGACAGUGUCUCUCGUUGUAAUAAUGUUUGAAUUGACCGGUGGAGUAAGAUAUAUUGUUCCACUAAUGGCAGCUGCUAUGGCCAGUAAAUGGGUCGGCGAUGCGCUCGGUAAACAGGGAAUAUAUGACGCGCAUAUUGGACUCAAUGGAUACCCAUUUUUGGACAGUAAAGACGAAUUUCAGCAUACAACACUUGCUGCUGACGUUAUGCAGCCAAAGCGUAAUGAAACAUUACACGUAUUAACUCAAGAUUCAAUGACCGUCGAGGACGUAGAGAAUCUUUUAAAAGAAACAGAACAUAAUGGAUUUCCUGUAAUAGUAUCCAAAGAGUCACAGUAUCUUGUGGGUUUUGUUUUACGGCGUGAUUUAAAUCUUGCCAUUGCUAAUGCUAAAAAAAUAAUGGACGGUAUAACAAGGCAGUCAUUAGUUAUCUUUACUAGUGGUAAUAAUUUACCAGUUCACACAUCAACGCCUUUGAAAUUGAAGAAAAUACUAGAUAUGGCGCCUAUUACUAUUACUGAUCAAACUCCGAUGGAAACAGUCGUUGAUAUGUUUAGAAAAUUAGGUCUACGUCAAACACUUGUAACUCACAAUGGACGACUAUUGGGAGUGAUUACGAAAAAAGAUGUUUUACGACACGUAAAACAGCUAGAUGACGAAGACCCCAAUUCAGUGUUAUUUAAUUAAAAUUUAUCAUUACCUCAUAAAAUCAUUUUGCAUAUAAAAAAGGAACAAAUUUUAAAAAUCUCUAUUUUUUUUCAUCGUUACAUCACACUUCCAGGAAAUAUUACUUCCUUAAGAUUUCAUUUUUUUUUAUAUUUAUUUCAUACUAAAGUCAUCUAUUGAUUAUUAAUGACAUAAAUAUAUAGCGACGAUAUUAAUUAAUUAGUUAGUUACUUUAAAAUCAUCUGAAUAAGUAUUCUGCAGUAAUUAUUAUUUAAUUAAAAAAUCACGAAAGCUAGAAAUUUAUACUUUUAGACGCUAUGAGCUAUGAAACAAUUUCGUCCAACUUAUGAUCAAUUUAUUAGGCGUUAUUCAUGACUACAAUUAUAUAAAUAUGAUAAAGUAAUUAAUGAGUGUACAGGUGUGCUCGAAAUUCAAAAGUAAACAUACUUUUUUUCUUCAUUAUUAUUAUUAAUAUUAUUAUUCUUCAUGUUAUACUAAUUAUAAAUAAUUAAAUAUUAAUUGCGUAUUCUAUUGUAAUAUUUGGAAAAUUGUACAUAAUAAUUGCAACAAAAAUUGUCCAUUAAAUAAAUAUAAUAUUAAAUCAUA